AUGGCUUACUAUAAUAAUAAUAAUGAUGAUGGCUAUUAUCCUCAGAACACUGGAUACUAUGGUCCGAAUGAUAAUAUUAAUGGUAAAUUUCUCGACCAAAGAGGAAAUGCUAAUGUUGACAACUUUUAUAAUAAUAAUGACCAUCAACCACAACAUAUUAAUAACCCGUCAACUAAUUAUAUCAAUAAUAACAAUUAUGAUGAUGGUGGUGGUGUAUAUCAUGAUCCUAGGAAUGGAUUUAGUAAUAAUGAUCCAUAUUAUCCCACUAAUAAAUCUCCAGUUCCUGGCGAUGGUGCAUAUGGUGAUUCAGGGUAUUCUAUUCCUUAUAAUAUGCCAUUACGUUCUAACUCUCAAAAUCAAAAUUACGUCAAUCCUUAUCCCGUUUCUUCUAAUGAACCAAAACCCUUCCAAAAUAGUUAUAACAGUCCUACACAUUAUCCUUCUUCCACAAUAAACUACCCAACUUUCCCAACUGUGAACGUUCCUCAUUCACCAAUUAAUUCGAUUCCUGCUCAUCAAGUUCCAUAUCGUGGCCAUCCAACAGAUUCUGGUUCAACACCUAAAGAAAUGUUACCCUCUAAUUAUUCUUCUAUGCCCUCAUCAAACCCUGGUCCAAAACCACCAUCUAAUUAUGGUUAUGAGAAACCUUUUGGCCAGUCUAGCGAGCGUUCUAGUAAACAUAUUCUCCCUGAAGAAGAAAAAAACGCAAAGCCUGGUGCUGCUGUUUUAUUAUGGGCACGUCCUCCAAAAGUUGAAUUCUUGGGCAUUGUUCCUUCACCUAAAGGUUUACCUCCUUAUGAAGCCAAGGCUUCAGGAUUUGAUUUUAACUUUGGUUUAAAAAUCUCAGUUGAUAAUCCGAAUAUAGUUGGUGCAAAUUUCAAAAUGAUCCAAGCUACUGCAUUUUAUCCAGGGCAUUCUGAACCAAUCGGAGGCGGAAAUUUGACCAAUGUAAAAAUUUCAAGUAAAGGCAAUACUAUCAUCGAAUUUCCAUUCUCUGUCAACUAUGAUAAAGAUAUUGAUCCAGGAUUUGUUAUUCUUUUUGACAUUGCUCGAAAAUGUGGAUUAACUGGAGGAGAGAAAGAAAAAUUGGAAAUUGAUUAUAAGUUAACACUUACGAUUAAAGUUCUUUUAAUUACAAUAAAUCCAAGUUUUGAUAAGAAAGCUAUGAUUGAUUGUCCAAUUAAAGACGGACAAAUUCCAAACAUACCAGGAUUCGAUAUAGGAAAAGCUGCAAAAGAAUUUAAUGGUAAAAAAAAAUAA